UUCCGAAGACUCCCGACAGAGUUUCACCAGCGGCUGGCGGCCGCCUCCCUAGACAGACCUAGCAUCCACCCGCAUUCAUUGUGCCGUACUUAACACAACAGCAGGUAGCGAUACCAGUAGCAUGGAACUGGUGCCCCCGAUCCGUCCUUCAAGAUGUCGUUGAUCACCGCGUCCAAAAUUGCCCACCGCGCCCGAUGCGCCAACUCUGCCUCCCCCCAUGCACUGGGCCUCGCAGGGGCCGUUCAGCUUCAUCGCCUCUUAGAGCAGCAGCAAAUCCGCCGAUUCCGGUUCGGUCGUCGCUGGCCUUCCUAUAUCGACCCCGACUUGCCCCGCGACAUAUCCUGUCGCCAACGCCGGCUAUGGAGCAAGCUCGACGACAUGUACGAUACAAGACUGUCAUGCGACCGAAAAAAUGGCACCAAAGACGACCAACAAGACGAACGGCGUGCAAUCAGUCGCCUGUUCUCCGACCUCUGGCAGCCGAAAGAUGAAGAUGGCGCUGCUGGGGGGAGUCGUGUACAUGCCGAUUCCCAGCCAAGGACCUCGGGCAAUCCCGCCGACAUCCGGCCAGGGCAGAACACUGAAGAUGUUGAACAGGAACCCUUGAACCACAUACUACUUUUUGGUAGGGAAGCUAGACGCCGCCGAAAACGUAACAAGUCUUCCCGCACAGUCUGGUGGUCAAUGCAUAUGUACAACCAACGGCCGAAGGAGGAUAUGCAUUCCAACCCAGAAGUUCCUUCCAGUGCUGUACCUAGUGUUGUUUACCAGCCCGACGCUGAUUACAUCAUUGAUCCAAUCACGAACCGCAAAGUUCCCAAAGCUGCCACUGGCACCACCUAUCCCAUCUUUGACAGCAUAGCCGAGUCUCCCACAGUUCGAGCGCCCGAAUCCGACACGUCUCUAUUUUCGCCUUCAUCUGCCUCAAAGUUUGAGGAUGCUCAGGAUCCAAGUUGCCGUGACAGUAAUCCCCUGUCAGCCGACUCCCACAGUUCCGAUCGACUUGCAGCCGAGCUGAAGAGUUACAGUCAAGUUAAACUGGACUCAAGGCCGUGGGAAUCGGAAAGCGGCUCAGCCGAUUCCCAGCCCGGUAAUACUGCCGCCUCUGAGCCUGUCCUAGAAAGUGAAGAGUGCGUGGCAAACCACGGUGAUCCCCCUAUACCCGGUCUUCCCAAAACCGGAAACAGGGAUGACCAGUGGGUGCUCUGGAGUAACCCCGUUUCUCAAUCGUCUGAGAUCCGAGCUGUCGACUCUUGGAUGCUGGGACCAGGAAAUCGCCAAUACCCCGGCCUUCACAAACCCGAACCUGCGCCGGAAAAUGAUGCUCUCGCGGCCGAUAAAGCUGCCCCGCAGGAUCACGACGACUUGGCCGACUACACUGCUGUUCGGUCGCAUGAACCGGAUGGAAACUACAACACUACUUCGGAUCCAAUGGUGAGCCAAGAGGAGUUGAGCAAGUAUCAGCCAUUCCGCAGCCACGAGCCCGAUGGAAAGUAUGCAGCCAACAACUUGGAAGAACUUGCUCCAGACGCCGCAGAGUUGGCCAGCUACAGCAAGCCCUUCCUGAGUCAUGAACCAGAUGGCAUUUAUGCUGCGCAUCACGCUGAAACGGGGAAUGAUAUGGCCGAUCUAGAUCAGUACCAGGCUUUUCGCAGCCACGAGCCGGAUGGAAAAUACGCUGCCAGAAACAACUUGCCGGAUGUUGAGCCAGCAGAUCUCAGUGAUUACGGGAAGUACGCUGUCGAAAAAGCGACUUCUGGGCCGGAGAAUUCCGAGCUAGGUCAAUAUCAAGCCGUCCGGAGCUACGAGCCAAAUGGGAAGUACGCCGCGGACGCCGAGCCUACCGCCGAAACCUCCGGCGAGGCUUCGGACCUCGGCUACCAUGAGGCAUAUGGCUACGAGGAUUCGGAGACGAGUUCAUCGCCAGCACGAAGCCAAGGGAGCGAGAGUUGGCCGCCAAGUAGCGAAGACCUUUUGUCCUCCGAGCCUAAGACAGAUGAUAAGACGCAUUACCAGCAGAUGUUGGAGACGCUGAUGGCGCGGUCUGCGGCCGAGCCGGUUCACACUGACACGGAUCGGCAUUUCACCCCCUCAACAACUAAACCUUCGGAAAAUACCGCAGCACACCGUGAGACAGUGCCCAAGGUUUUGACAGGCAAUUAUGUUCGUGACUUCCCAGAAGACUUUGCCCGGUCAUGGAGUUCAGAUAUUUCCAACAUUGCCCUCAAACAGCAGGAGAUGCAAGGUACAACCUCAGAUACAGUUGAUGGUGGCUCUCCGAGCAAAAGAGAAUCUGUCUUGCAGCCCGCAUUAGACCGGUUGGGGGUGACGGGGCAACAGAUUUCCGGAAGUGAUUCCAGCCUGACUGGUCCCUCUCCAACCGAGCCAGAGCUAGCCUCGCUGGCACAGUCUCCCUGCAUACCCGUUCAGGAAGCCACGACAACGGUCUACAAGAUUCUCGUCUAUGACCCAACCAUGCAGUGCAUUGAUGUUGGCGAAACCACCUCUAUCGUCCCCGACAUCGCUGCUCCGCUGACGCCGGCUGAGGUUCUCCUUCGCAUCUCCAACCCUGCAAAGUUCUUUCCUCACUUUGCGCCCCUCCAAGCUCAAGGUUUUGAGAUUGUGUCUGGUGGCGGGGACAUUCUCAUUUUUCGCAAGGUCCGAGACGCGGUCGUCAUGCCCGAACCGGAAACUUUGGACUCACCGAUACCUACGAACCCUCCUCCGCCCGCUAUCAAUCCAAUUGACAUGACCGGCGGCACCCGUGACUACAACAUCGCCGCUGGCCGCUUCGCCAGCCCUACUGGCUUUGUUAACUACGACCUUCCGCCCUUAGGCUCGGUGCCCCCGGCUGGGGCCCCACAAAGCCCUCGCUUCGAGUCGGGCAUUGAUGUACGACGGGAAGAGCCUGUUUUUAGCGGGCAGACAACCACCGAAUACUCUGGCAACACCAAAGAAAAGACGAGAAGUCUCCCCAAGCGGCUUCUUCUCGGCGCUGCUUGGGUCGGGGGCAUCUCUUACUCACUCGGCGUGGUUGCGGACUACUUCAAGACGGGCGGCUCAGAUGGGAAAGGUCCAAAGGGCUUCGCUUCCAAGUAGAGUGGCCUGGUAACGGUGUCUGUCACAUUUCUUCCUGUUUUCUUUUCUUUUGUUUCUUGCAUUGGGAAUUUUUCGGUGUCUUUCCUUGUGCUGUCUUUGGGCGGCAGGCAGGUACA